CACUGCUGUCAACUGUAAAUCGUAAUGACUGUGAUCUUGCGCGAGGGUGUGUUAGUUGUAAGGUGCUGAGUGAUUGUUUCACGUUUAGACGAUAAUUGUUGUUUAACACCGAAUUUGGUGUACAAGAAUAUAUCGUUUUAUAUACGUUAGUCCAAGAGAUAUCUUGAAUAUUUAUUUUGGAAGUGUUUUUUAGGGCUGCUGAAAGAGAAACUUCAAUGUCUUCCUCAGCAAUGGAGAAACAUUUAUUUAAUUUGAAAUUUGCUGUAAAAGAGUUGGAGAGAAAUUCAAAAAAAUGCGAAAAAGAGGAAAGAGUGGAGAAACAGAAAUGCAAGAAAGCUAUCCAGAAGGGCAAUGUUGAGGGUGCCCGUAUCCAUGCAGAGAAUGCCAUUCGUCAGAAGAACCAGUCACUGAAUUACCUAAGGAUGAGCGCAAGAGUCGAUGCUGUGGCCAGUCGAGUGCAGUCAGCAUUGACCACUAGAAGGGUUACUCAGUCUAUGGCUGGAGUAGUUAAAGCAAUGGAUGCAGCAAUGAAAUCAAUGAAUCUUGAAAAGAUUUCAAACCUGAUGGACAAGUUUGAGAGUCAGUUUGAAGAUUUGGAUGUUCAGAGCUCGUACAUGGAGAACACAAUGUCACAGACAACCACUACCGCUGUACCACAGAGUGAUGUGGAAAAUCUCAUGCAGCAAGUGGCUGAUGAAGCUGGUUUGGAACUGAAUAUGGAAUUGCCACAAGAACAAACAGGAACCAUAGGGACAACAACCAAAGUAUCACAGGAACAAGAUGAACUGACUCAAAGACUGGCCCGUCUCCGACAAGUGUGAUGUUUCAUCUCUCAGAAGUCCAACCACAAUAACCAUCAGAGCUUUCAAGACUGAUGGAAUACAACACUGAAGCUCUGUAAAUUAGCUUAUGACAGCAAUUUUCCAUGAACACUGUGGAGUGUAUAUAUACAUAGCUUAUUAAUAAACCACUUGGAAAGAG